AUGGCCGAUAUUGAAGGUUCCCAACUUCCUCAAAAGUACCAGGAGAGGCUUCUCGCAAGAAGAAGAGGUCUCGGUACGCACAAGACAGAGCUUCGAAAUUUCAAAAUCGUAGUACAGGAUACAUCUGAGUGUGAUGUUGUUGGAAAUGUCAUCAAUGAUACAAUAUCAUCCAAUUCUAGUGAUGAUGUUGGAAAUGUCAUUAAUGAUACAAUAUCACUUAAUUUUAAUGGAAACGUCAUUAAUGAUAUAAUAUCACCUAAUUUUAAUGGAAACGACAUUAAUGAUACAAUAUCACCUAAUUUUAAUGGAAACGUCAUUAAUGAUACAAUAUCACCUAAUUUUAAUGGAAACGACAUUAAUGAUACAAUAUCACCUAAUUUUAAUGGAAAUGUCAUUAAUGAUACAAUAUCACCUAAUAUUAAUGGAAAUGUCAUUAAUGAUACAAUAUUACCUAAUUCUGAUACAUCUGAGUGUGAUGUUGGAAAUGUCAUUAAAGAUCCAAUAUCACCUAAUUUUAAUGAAAAUAUCAUUAAUGAUACAAAUUCUAGUGAUCAGGAUACAUCUGAGUGUGAUGUUGUUGGAAAUGUCAUUAAUAAUACAAUAUCACCUAAUUCUAGUACAUCCGAGUGUGAUGUUGUUGGAAAUGUCAUUAAUGAUACAAUUGAUGAGUUUUUAGACGAAUUAGAUGAUAAUAAAUUCUCAAAAGAAAUCCAAUAUUUCAAAAAAGAAGUUGAACUUCGUUUGAUUGAGCAGUCGGAUCUUGUAGAUGAGCAUAUAGCACUACAAUCUUCAUUGCAGAAAGCGAAGUCACGAAUAAGACAGCUAAGAACAGAACUCUUGGAUGUACAGCGUCACCAUGAUAAGGUGUAUUCUGAGUUACAUAAAGAGAGAAGUACAUUUAGGAUGGAUGAAGAAAAUAGGAAGAAAUUGGAACAAAUACACACUUUUCUAUCAGAUCUCGAGUUAUUGCGUAUAUCUGUUAUGUCUCGAGACAGUGCUCAAGAUGAGGAGGAGGAGGGCGAAGUUUUGGUUGGUUUUGAAGGCCUUUUGGCAUCCGUAGUAUCUCGAUGUUGUGAUGUAUCAAAUUCAAAUAUGAUUUUCCAAAGUUCUGACUCGAUACGAAUCACAGAUGCUGGAAAUUUAGUUGUUUUACGCCAGUUUAAUUCAUUGUUAGAAAAUAUCGAAGUCAGGUAA